UGAACAAUUUUCCAUAAAUUGGUUUGUUUAGAGGUUAACAUUUGAAGAUCUAUAUAGGUAAACAAGACUCCAUAGACAACAAUGUUGAGGUCAUAUUCUAUCAAUUCGUUUGCAAGAUCUAAUGCGUUAAGAACGCGUAACUUCAGUAAGAUGAGUCGUGUUCUUGAAGUUAGCAAAGCUCCAAUCACUCCUGCUCCAACUCCACCAAAGGUUGUUAAAAAGAAAGGAUUUUCUGUAUUUAGAUUGUUAUUUAAUACUACCAUUUUAGCAUCUGUAUUAUAUGGAAGUACUUUGUAUGUUGCUACUAAGAAUGAAAAAGUUAUGGAUUUUGUUAUUGAUAAACAAUUGCCAUAUUAUGAAGAAAUCAUUGACUUUAUUGAAAAGGGAUCUAUUGAUGAUAUUAAAACUGGAUUUGAAAAUCUUCAAUCUAAAGUAUUUAACUUUAAAGUACCAACCACUGAUGAAAUAGCUAAAACAGGUGAGAAUAUAAUCAACGCUACCAGAAAAACUGUUAAACAUCAAACUGGAUAUGAUUCAACUACCCCUGCUGAACAACUUCAAAAACCAGUUGCUAUUGAAAGUGUUAAAAAAGAUAUUGAACAUUUACCACUUAUUAAAGUAAAUGAAAAUGUGGCUUCUUCAGUUGAUGAAACUAUUAAAAAUACCAUUGAAUCAUUUAAUAGUCUUAUUCAAUCGAUUGAUGCUAGUCAUGUUGGACCAGCCAAAGCCAAUUUUAUAAAAGCCAUUAAUGAUAAUAUCAGUGAAUUAACUUUAAAGUUAGAUGCUUUAACUAAAAAAUUUGAAGAAGAAUUACAAUCUAAACUAAAAUCAUCCCAAACAGAAUUAUUAUCAUCAUAUACUAAGAAAGAAUUAGAAUUAACUGAAAAUUUAUUACAUCAAUUUAAUCGUGAAAAAUCUCAAUUAGAAAAAAAAUUAAAUCAACGUUUGAAACAAGAAGUUCAAGCUACUAAAGAAGCUAUUUCACAAGCUGCUGUAAAUGCUGUUUCCAUGGUUCGUAUUGAACAAACCAAGAAUUUUGAAAAAUUAAUUGCUGAUAAGAUGAAUGAAGAAAGAAAUGGUAAAUUAGCUAAUUUAGAAAGUUUAUCUUCUAGAUUAUCUGAAUUAGAAGCUUUUGCUGAAAGUUUUGAAACUCAAUUAGUCAAUAAUCAUAAUAGAUCUAUUCUUCAAAAGUCUUUAGCUACUUUCAAAUCUGUUUUAUUUGCAUCUGAAGUUGAUGAAAAACCAAAAUCCCUUAAACCUUAUAUUGAAAAUUUAAAUGAUAUUUCUUUUAAAACUAAUGAUGAAGUGAUAGAUUUAGCCUUACUGGAAUUAAAUCAUUUAUUAGCUAAAGAAUCUUCUCAAUCAAUUUUAACUACAUCUCAAUUAUUAUCUCGUUGGGAACAACUAACUCCAGAAUUAAGAUCGGCUUCAUUAUUACCACCAAAUGCUGGUUUAUUAGGUCAUUUUGCUUCAGCGAUUUUCUCUAAAUUAUUACUUCCAGUCAAAGGUAACAAACCAGAUGGAAAAGAUAUUGAAUCAGUCAUUGCUAGAGUUGAAAAUAGUUUAAUUAAAGGUGAUUUAGAUGUUGCUGUUGAAGAAGUGGCUAAUUUAAAAGGAUGGUCAAGAAAAUUAGCUGAUGAUUGGGUUAUUGAAGGAAGAAAGAGAUUAGAAGCUGAAUUAUUAGUUAACCUUAUCGAAUCUGAAUUAAGAUUGUUGUAAUUAAGUUUAUUUAUAUGUAUAUCUAAAUAUCUAUUCCCAUUAAACAUUUAUUUAAAAUUUUGAAAUCGUUCACGUGAUUUGUAAAUUAAUUUUUUUUUUUU